UCUACUUACCUGACCUCAAAUAUCUCUCUCUCCCUCUCUCCCUCUCUCUCUUCCAAUUUGGAACGAGUUUUUGCUGUUAAGAGCUACCCAGAGAUCUACUUCCCUUUUUAUCCGUGUUUUCAUCCCUAUAUUUCUACUUGAGGUUGAGGGCCCUUACUCAAAAGGGUCUUCUGCUCUGUCUUUUAUUUCUUCUUCUCCUGAUUUUGUAAGGCUGUCAUUUGUUGAAAAUAAUGGGUGUUGAGGUUGCUGAGAUGGCCCAAGUACCUGUGGAGACUGUAACUGAAGUGCACAAGUCUAAGGAAAAUGAGAAACUUGAUCAGGGUCCAGGGAAUAAGGAACCGCUUACAUUCGGUACCCAUAUAGAAGAGCCUGUUAAAGGGGAAGAUAAUAAUGUAUCAAAGGCCAAUUUACCGCAGGAUGCGGUUGACGAGUGGCCUGCGGCUAUGCAGGUCCAUUCUUUUUGGUUGGUCAGGUACAGGACUUAUGAUGAUCCAAAAAUAAAGGUGAAAAUCGACCAGGCUGAUAAAGAGAUUCAAAAGAGGAAUAAAGCUCGGUCUCAGAUCUUGGAUGAAUUGAAAAUAAAGAGGGCAGAUCGAGCUGAGUUAUUAACUCAGCUGAAGGUUUUGAAAUCUGAGGGUAGGCAGGUUAAGUCACUUAUGGAUGAGAAGAAAAAAGAACUGGAACCUCUGCAGCAGGCUCUUGGAAAGCUGCGACCUUCAAACAAUGGUGGUCGUUCUGGUGGUAUAUGUUCAUCUGAGGAGGAGCUGAAUGAUCUUAUCCAUAGCUUGCAAUAUCACAUUCAACAUGAGAGCAUCCCAUUGUCUGAGGAGAAGCAGAUCCUUAGAGAAAUCAAACAGCUUGAGGGAACAAGGGAAAAAGUUGUGGCUAAUGAUGCUGUCAAAGCAAAGAUUCAGGAGUCAUUGGGUCAGAAAGAUGUUAUUCAAGACCAAGUUAAACUUAUGGGCGUUGAUUUGGAUGGAGUGAAGAAGGAGCGACAAGCACUUUUGUCCAAGAUCACUCCCCUUGAGGGGAAAGUGAAGGCACUUGAAGAGGACAUUAGAGCUUUACAGGAGGAUUUGCAAACUGUGACUGAGAUGCGGGACAAAGCAUUUGCUAGCAUUCAGGAACUAAGGAAAAAGCGUGAUGAGGGGAAUGCCAACUUUUAUCAAUCUCGUCAAGUCUUGACCAAAGCCAGAGAGCUUGCUGUAAAGAAAGAUGUCAAGGCUCUUCAGGAAUUUUCAGAAGCACAGGUUGAGAAAUUUAUGAGCCUGUGGAACAGCAACAAAGCUGUGAGGGAUGAUUAUGAGAAAAGAAUUUUACCAUCAUUGGACAGUCGACAAUUGAGCAGGGAUGGACGGAUCAGGAACCCAGAUGAAAAGCCCUUGGUGCUAGUGGAGACUCCAGCACCGGAGCCUGAGACUGUGACAAAAGCUAAUGUAAAACGAGCAAAGGAAGAUGCCAAAUCUACCCCAAAACAAGAUGCUUUGCCUACACAGAAGCUUCAGAAAGAAGCUGGUGGCAAAGCAACUGAAUCAAAACCCCCUGUGGAGAAAACUGAGACAGUGGACAGGGAGAUCUCUGUGCCAGAAAAGCCUUCCCCUGUAAAGGAAGUUGAUGAAGCUAAGUUGAAGGAGAUAAAAAGAGAAGAGGAGAUAGCAAAAGCUAAGCAAGCCAUGGAAAGGAAGAAGAGGUUGGCUGAGAAAGCUGCAGUCAAAGCAGCUAUAAGAGCGCAAAAGGAGGCUGAAAAGAAGCUCAAGGAGCGUGAAAAGAAAGCGAAGAAGAAGGCUGCAGCAUCCGGACCUGGUGCUGACGAGGAUUCAGCUGACGCUGUCACAGAACCUGAAGAACAGGAAAAGGCUGAUGUGAAUGAAGAAGCUCCAGUUCUGGCAAAAUCGAAGGUUCAUAAGGAGAAAACUAUGAAGCAUAGGACUCGAUCAAGGGGUCCGGAAUCACUUCCAAAAGCCAUCUUAAAGCGCAAGAAGUCUACCAACUACUGGGUAUGGGCUGCACCUGCAGCUGUGGCAGUUUUGUUGGUUCUGGCAGCUGUGGUAUACUACUAUUAUCUUCAGUGAAGAUGUGAAACUAGAAAAUGAGUAGAUGAGUUAUUGACAAUUUUCUGCUUCAUGGUGAGUUUACUAGGGGGUUUGUAGAAGAGGCAAAAAAGACACAAAACAUUCAAGUUAAUUUUGUUCUUUGCAUCCUGUCUGGGGAUGGACUCAAAACUCAUAAUGUUGUUGCACAAUCAGUCUGAAAUGUUUUACCAAUGGGGGAAACUUUUAUACCUUUGGUUUGAUGUAUUUUCAAAUUUUGACUUUAAGCAAAUGCAUGAAUGUUACUUGCAACCUUCUCUUUGCAGAUACAAUUUAUAUCUAUGUAGCCAGUUUAUCCA